AUGCAGAGUUUGGGAGGUGCAUUAGCUCGGUUCGCGUUUCGUCCUUCAAUGGCACAACGAUCAUUAUUGGUCAAGCGAAUGGUACAGCCUCAACGCUUCUGUUCAACAAACGUCGUCUUUCACGUCGAAACUGUCGUCAAUUCACCACAUCCCGUUAUAGUCGAUUUCCACGCAGAUUGGUGUGGUCCAUGCAGGGCGCUCGGCCCGCGUCUAGAAGAGAAG